AUGACAAACGCCUCCAUCAUUGGUGAUAAUCAUGGUGCAGCAAGAAUUGAUACAUUUUUAGAAAUGUCAACCAUUUUCAUGAACUUAUUCUCCCUCUUUUUAUUAAUACAUAAAAUUGAUAACUUUAUUAGUAUGACUUAUGAUUUUUUUCCCGGAUUGUCUCAAAACCUUUCUCAAUUGUUUGAUAAUGCAGAUGAUUAUUAUGUUAUUAUCAACGUUGGAGAAGGUUUAGAUACAACAGAUUUUCAUGCACAUUCUAUUAUCUUGAAAGCUCGAUCACUUUACUUUAAAAGAGCUCUGUCUGAAAAUUGGAUUACUAAUAAAAAUGGUAUUAUUACAUUUAAAAAGCCUAAUAUUUCUCCUACUAUUUUUGAAAUCAUUAUCAGAUACAUGUAUACGGGCAUUCUUGAUCUGAACGAUCAAACCGGCAACGAGAUUCUUGAUCUUCUUGUGGCAUCCGAUGAAUUACUCCUUGAGGAACUUAUUAUCUUCGUACAGAGUCAUUUAUUUGAAAAACAAAAUGAAUGGUUACAACAAAAUAUCAUCAAAGUACUUCACACGGUGUCCCAUAUAGAAAGUUGUACACAACUUAAGAAUAAUUGUUUGGAAUACAUCUGUGAUAAUCCUGAAUCAUUUCUUAACUUACCAGAAUUUCCAACAUUAAAAAAAAAUGUCGUUGAAGAUAUUCUGUCAUUUCAUAUGGCAAAUGCUCAACCUAAUCGAAAUAUAAUGCCUCCUCGUCAUAGAAAUAUUGCUGUUGAUUCAAUAAUCAUUAAUCCAAAAUACGCAGUCAUUCUUACAAACUGGAUUCAAAGGAAAGAUGACAAUACAAAAAUUCUAAUGGGUAAUAAAUAUAAUUUUAACCUUAUUUAUCGAGGAAGUAGGGAGAGUUAUGAUGACCGUAUUAUACGUAGUAAAUUUAAAGGGCCGGGAGCGUGUGUUUUGAUGGUUAAAAUUAAAGAAAAUGAUGUUGUGAUUGGUGGUUAUAUUCCACCUGAUAUGAAAAGAUAUGAAAAUUUUCAUUCGUCGUCAUAUGAUUGGUGUGAAACUAGAGAAAGUUUUAUAUUUUCUUUAGGUAAUGGAAAAGAUUUGAAAAACUUUAUGAUUAGUCGAGUUACAAAUAACAGCAGAGCAAUAUAUGGUGAUGGUUCACUGAAUUUCGGUAAAUAUUAA